AUGCCUCUCCGCGCAGAACGCCCAAUAGUGCGCGUCGAGCACAGCUCCAUGCGUACCAUCGAAACCCGCAGCACCGAGAACCUCUUUGGCCUCUGGUCUGUCUUUGCACGCUGCUCGCCAGCCAUGGAAGACGGCAAGCGUUACGAGAACAUGGCCUGGAGGCUGUGGUCCCGCGAGACGUUUUGCUGCCAGCCAGACCCAGUAGCCGCGCCACAGUGGUCGUUCCAGCGCCAGCUCUCCGAUAUGCCCGAGCUGUCCACAAGCGUCGCCUCGGAUGAUUCGAACUUGCUAGACAGCGCACUUACCACUACUUCCCGCUCAGAUCUUUCAGCUUCGCGUCCCGACCUUCGCCGCCACGACUCCGCAACCAGCCAGGCCCGCGGAAGGCAUAUGACCCCCAUCGGCCUAGAAAAGGUCGUCAACUCGAUACAAGAGAAGAAAUCCACCCCCCCAUCACUCGCACGCCCUAUUCCAGAAGCCUCCACUUCCACCGUUGCGACAAGCGUCAACUGCGACAUCAUGAGCCCUGCCGUCGGCUCAGAGGCCAGCACCUCGACCGAAGUCAGCGAGCACAGCGUGGUCCGCGGCUUCGAGCCUGGCCACAUCUCCACCUCUAUCCGCUCAAGCACCAACCUCAACCCCACUCCCAUCCUGAAGAAGACCUGCAGCUUCCUCACUAAGCCGCUACCGACAAAGGCCGACUACACCAAGAAGAAGCAGCCCAUGUUCACCCUCGGUGGAUCAUCCGAGGAGGAGAACAGCUGCUCUUUCGAUGCUUACUCACCAGCACAGCGCAGCUCAUUGACUGAUCACCUCCGCAGGGGUCCUCCCAUGCGCAAGACGACCUCAUUCAAAGCUGAGGUCAGCACUCGCACCUAUCAUGAUGCCUCUGAGAGCGAGGCAGCCAUCGAAAGCGAUAGUGAAGACGAUGUUGACGAGAGCGCCAUUGAGGAAGAGGACUCGGACGACGAAGAGUGGGAGGAUGAUGACAAUGAGGAAAGCGGCCCUCCCAGCGUUGUCGACCGUCCCAUGUUCCCUCGUGUCGAUUCCAGAGUCAACCUCAGCUCCCGCCGAUCCCUCCUCACCACUGCCCUGCAUCAAGAUGACCGCGCAGCAGCUCUACAGAAUGCAGCAUCUCAAUCAUCAUCUGCUAUCCGUCGCUCCCGCACCACAGCACCAAACGGCCCUUCCACCGGCAAUUCGCCUCAAGAAGACUGCGGUCUCAUGAUGCGAGCACAAGCCUCCCGCCCCAAGCCCAUCAUCAUGACCACUUCCAACGUACAUCCACCAACAAUGAGCCCCAAGACAAUACGUAGACAAAUGCUUACCAACGAGUUGACUGGGAGCCUCCGACAGAACCUGCUGUGGGAGAGGCAGCAAAAGAAUGCUACCACCAACGCGGUUUCCAAGCGCCAACAGAGCGCUGUCAACCUACCGGCCCUGCGCCGAGCCAUGACAACAGGCGACGUCCAGGGCCUCAACACCAACGCACAACAGUCCCAGAUCAGGUCGACGACCUUCAGGGACGACAACAAGGCCAUCAGCUCGUUUAAUGACGUCUUUGAGCAUGGCCUUGGCGACUACCACAAGUCAGGAUGGUAGUCCUGCAUUGUUUAUAAUCAUCUGCACUUCUAGCGGCAUCCAUGGUUUGGCAUUGGACCACGGCGUUUGUUUUGUUUUUUUGUAUUCUGGUGGCCACCAGUCGAUGGACUGUGCUGGCGCCGGUGAUGGGUAAUGUUCCUCCCAAAAACUUUCUGAUACCAUCACGGCUUUGUCCAAGCCCGACGAGGCUACGAAUUUCUUUCAUGCGGUCAUUAUACCGGACAAAGGGGAGCGUCUUGGGCUACGAGAUGGAACAUGGCUCACGCCUACUUGGUCUGUAUCAUCAUCUGCAUUGUACUUGUAUUGGGCCAUUUGCCCCAGCCAUUAUACCCUGGAACGGGACGGCUUUUGCGUCAGACGGCAAUAGCCUGCGUGGAAGAGAGCAGGUAUUGGCCUAGGUACUUAAUGAAGAAAAGCGGAUUCACACAUUC